GCAGCCAUCAUUAAAAUGGCACAGGAAUACGGUGUGGAAACCCUGGUACGAAACACUCACACGCUCUACAAUCCAGACAGGAUCAUAGAAAUGAACAACCACAGCCCCCCUCUCACUUUCAAGAGAUUUCAAGCCAUUGUAAAUCGACUCGAACUUCCCAGGAAACCAUUGCCGACCAUCACUCAAGAGCAGAUGGCCAGGUGUCGGACGCAGAUCUUGGACAAUCAUGAUGAACGUUAUGGCGUACCCUCUCUCGAGGAGCUGGGUUUUAAGACUCAGGGUGACAGCUCACAUGUAUGGAAGGGUGGUGAGACUGAAGCCCUGGAAAGAUUAAAUAAACACUUGGACAGAAAGUGUAUUUCUAGAGCCUGGAUGUGGCUUUCCUGCAGUGCGUUCUUCCAGCAGUUCUUCCACUGUUACUGUCCCGUGGGCUUCGGCCGCAGGACGGAUCCCAGUGGAGACUACAUCAGGAGGUACAUCCCGAAGUUAAAAGACUAUCCUAACCGCUACAUCUACGAGCCAUGGAACGCUCCAGAAUCGGUGCAGAAAGAGGCCAACUGCAUUGUGGGUGUGGACUAUCCUAAACCUAUGAUCAACCAUGCCGAGAGCAGCCGGCUCAACAUCGAACGAAUGAAGCAGGUUUACCAGCAGCUGUCGCACUACAGAGGCCUUAGUGAGUAACA